AACAUUUUUUAAUAGUAGUAUUAGCGGCCCAUAACCUCAAAUUACACCAUGACAGAUAGUUUAUUAUAUGAAUUUUUGAGACAUAGCUAACAACAUUAUUCAUGUCUACCCGAAAUUUAAAAAGAAAAUAUUGUAGCAACAAUGCUAUUAAUAUUUCAAAUGUUGAUACUAUAGCUAUAACCUUUAUCAGAAAGGACGAUGAAUGCUAUAUUAAGAGAAAUUCAAAUUUAUUAUUAAAGAAACUACAUGAAGAUGAAGAUCUGUUUAAAGAAAUAGACUCAAACUUAGAAAAAUUGUUAAGCAUUAAUGGCAAUUAUAAUUUGAAUCUAUUUAAAAUAAUCAAUAAAAUUCUGGGAUUUUAUGAGCGAAUUUUACAAAAAAGUCAUUAUAUAGUUACCAACAAUGGUAAGAGUCAAACCUGUUUGAAUUUGAAUACAAUAUGUAAUAUGUAUUCUAAAAUUUUAAUAAAUUUUGAAAAGAAUUUUGAAAUGAUCUUUGAUGUUGUUAUGGAUUGUAGUUCUUUACAACAAUAUCCAACGUUUUAUCAAAAUAUAUCUUCUAAACUUGAACAUAAAAACUUAUCACAUCAAAUCCAACAGAUUAUUGUCACUUUGAAUAAUAUAUUAUCAAAUGAAAUAUUUACCCCUUACAACAAUUUAAAAGAUAUGAAACACAUAAACUCAAAUAUUCAUUACCUCAUAUCAAACACUCAAAUAUUUAUGAAUAUAUUAACUCUAACAUUUAAAACAGUUUGCAAAAUAAUACAACUAAAUACUGAAUUUAUUGAUCAAUCAAUUGCUGAUAUUUCAUCUAAAAUGUUCAAACUAUUACAAAAUAUUAUUAAGAUCAUGUUUAUUUUUAUUGAAUCUGGUUAUAAUAAAUUGACACAUUGUCUAUCUGAUUAUAUUUCACCUAUUGCUAUACUAGAAACUACUAUUAGCUCAAUUAUCAUUAUAAUAUCCACCCAUACAAUUAUUAAUAAAGGCAAACAUGACAAUGUUCAUUCCAAAAAUUUAUUAAAUUAUUUGGAGCAUAUGCUAAUAAUUCUUUCAACUCACCAGGAACCUAGAAUUAGGAAUAUUGCAUUAUUAUCACUGCUUGAUUUGCAAUAUAACUGUAAAAUCCUUCCAUUAAAAGAAGUAUACAACCUAGUAUCGAUAACAAUGAAUGACGACUACGAUAUGAUAAGGCGUAAUUCUAUCAUUUUAUUGCAUCAAAUAGCUAUUUCUCACCCUGAUCGCUCUGUUAAUACUUCAACAACAUUGCGAGAAAUCAAAAAUAGAGCUUUUAAAUUCUUGCUUGCUGAAGCCUCUCAAUUAAUCCAAAGCGAUCUUGAUUCAUGUCAAUCAGCACCUUUCACCUAUGAUGCAAAAGAAAUACCUGCUCAUCCUCUGAAAUCACCACUAUUAAUAGAAGACACUUUUCACAAACUAUGCAAAGUAGUAAUAAAUGACAUAUCAUCGUCUAUAAGGGGCUUGGCAGUACGAUUAUUAGCCUUUCCCUAUAAGGGAUAUUUAAAUGUCGACAAAAAUAUUGAGACGAAUGCCCUUGAUAUACUAUGGCCUUUAAUGCGAGGAAACGAACGUGAAUCAGCCGAAAUCUUGCUCCAAACUUUGGAUAAAAGGACUCUCUUGUCUAACAUGCGAAAGAAAAGAUCGUUUCACGAGAGAGCACUCAAAGGUUAUACAACCGGAGAUAGUGCAAGUGCCAUUAAGGAUGAUAGGCCUCUAGAAAAAAUUGAUGCUGGAAAUGAGAUAUGUGCAAAUGCUGGAGCCUUGGUUCACGGGUUGGAGGAUGAAUCUUCAGAGGUCAGAUUGCUGACCAUAUAUUCAAUGUCUGCAUUGGCUCUUAGAUCUACUCAUAAAAGAUUAAACCAUGAAAAUUCGUCAAUUGAUGAUAUAGACAUACUUUCAUUCGCUCGAAAAACGGUUGAAUUUUUGGUAGACAUGUUUAACGAUGAAAUUUUAACGGUCCGAUUAGAAGCCAUCCGCGCUCUAGCAAGGGUCAUAACUGUUGUAACUACUCGCUCCUCAAAUUACUCAGGGGAGAGUCAAAUUGGCCUGAUUUUUAGAAGUGAUCAGAUCGAAAUCGUGUUGAGUGCAUUGGAGGAUUCUUCUGAAGAAAUUAGAAAAGCCUUGAGAAACAUAAUAGCUCACUGCACUGUAGUAGAUGUAAAUAGCAUAGCUUUAAUUGUGCGAUUUCUUCUACUUAACAUGAAUAAAUAUCCACAAGAUUUUUACUCCGUUUGCGAAUGUCUCCGCGAUUUGGCCUCCCAUCACUCAUCCUUGAUUCUUCCACUUAUUCCCGACUUGUUAUGUGCCGAAUCCAUGAAAAAUCGGCAAUUAACUGACUGUAAUGAUUCCGCGUUCUGUUGCCAAUUUCAAUUCGAUGGGCCCGAACCUGAGGUGACGGAAGAUAAAAGUUAUUCUGCUAUACUAGUCUUAGUUCUAAAUGCUGCCCUGCAUUCCACAGCCCCAUCUCAGCUUUACACUUCGCUCAUGCCGGCUUACAUAAUAGAUAGACAUUAUCCAUAUUUAUUGGAUACUUAUCCUGCAUUCUUUCCAACUAAUCUGGCACGACCUCAAAAACUAUUGUUCUGGUUUAAUACUACGAGCCCAGCCUCCAUAGUGACAGAUUUCUUGUGCGACACUAUUAUGCGCAAGUGCGAUUUAUCCCAAUUAUCGCGAAUCUUUAUGUCGGACUCUAUUCCUGAUUGGUCGAAUAAGGAUCUGGCGAUGAUUAGCUCGACUAUUGCGUGCGCAAACCUACUCUCACUUUUAACUAAAGUCAAAAUUGGGUUGGUAGAAAUUUUCCAACAUUUAUCUAAACUAGAUAUUGUCUUGAUUUGUGAAGCAAAUACUUAUGGGGAAAUUCAAAAGCUAAAGAUGUUCAUAUUCGAGGCUAUUUAUUGUUAUAGAGGUCUAACACCCGUACUUUUUCGACAGUUAACUACUCUCAAAGUCCUCGUCCUUUUCCUUUUAAUCAUUUGCAAUAAAAGAACCUUGGAUAAGCACAACGAAAUAUUUAGUAAUAUUACCUUGUCUAGCAUUAAUGAAUCGGAUUUGCAAGACCUCGUAAAUGUGAAACCCUACUUACUUGAUACCAAGACUUUAAAAUCGAUUCUUCAAGAUUAUGUGAGAGGUUCCACUUAUGUUUCAGAUGUCAAAAUCAAUGGGUCUUACAUUCAUAAGGCUGAAGAAAGCGAUAAGGAUUUGCAGAAUCAUGAUUUUUCUUUUUCCUUGAGCCGGUACACUGCCGAGAUUAUUCGACCUAUCGAGAAUCGGGAUAGGGAUAAUCCUGCUAAAUUUAUAGCCGGAAUGGCAUUUAAGGUUCUCUUAGAAAUUUGCCUUCUUACAUCGCCUAGUCAAAACCACAAAAUAAUGGAUGUUUGUAAUGCCGUAUCUUUCGAACAAUUUUGUAAACAGUUGAGAAUUAAGGUUAGAUACCCGGACAAUAAGCUGGAGUAUCAUAAAAUAUUUGAUUCCAAUGCUAAGCUAACGGAAACUGGUCGGUUCAAAAUAGAGACUGAUGUGCUUAUUACAUCAGAAAAAUCUUGGACAGAUCCAGCUUAUGUGGAAAUGAGCAUCGUUUUAUCUGUUGACUUAUUACUCGAAAAUUCUGAUAUCAUCAACGAAAUGUGCAUAGGAGACCUAUGGUAUGAUUUUGUCACGAUUAGCAAUAAUGUUAAAUUUUACAUUCAACCACGACAAAUGUCAGGGAAUAAUAUUUUUAUUUAAAAACUAAAUGACUUUAUACUUUCAUAAAAAUUUGAUUAUGUUUUACACUUAUGUCAAAUUAUAU